CGCUCAUCCCGUCGCCUCUGGCCGCCCGCGCCCAUCAGCCGCCUUUGCCUCCCUCGCGGGUACUUAGUUCUCCCCCUCGGUAUAAGGAUAAAUAGUAUGAUUAUUAGGUGUCGUUUUUCAGCCUGUCUUUCUAUGGCAAGUAAAGGGAACCGGAUCGUGGGGGCGUUGAACAACUUUGACGAACGGGACACCUUUAGAGAAUCCUGAUCAAACUGCCAGCAUCCUGACAUACUUGAAUAAGACAGGGGCAGAGUUCACUUCUCUCAUCUUUUCGCUACAUUAGCGCCCAGCAGUUUUCUUUUGCUGCUUUUUUUUUGUCCUUCGUCUCACCCAUAAAACCGGCGAGAAGCUGUCAAGAUGGUUGGAUUCAAACCCACCGAUGUCCCUCCGACGGCCACUGUCAAGUUUUUGGGGGCUGGGACAGCUGCCUGCAUCGCAGACCUGUUCACCUUCCCGCUGGAUACGGCUAAAGUCAGGUUGCAGAUCCAAGGAGAAACCAAACGGGCCAUGUCGGCCAAAACCGCCGAGUACAAGGGGGUCUUUGGCACCAUGGCCACAAUGGUGAGGAACGAAGGGGCCCAGAGCCUCUACAACGGCCUCGUGGCCGGUCUCCAGCGGCAAAUGAGCUUCGCCUCCGUCCGCAUCGGGCUGUACGAUUCGGUGAAGCAGUUCUACACCAAGGGAUCGGAGCAUGCUGGUAUCGGCAGCCGUCUCCUGGCGGGAUGCACCACGGGCGCCAUGGCUGUGGCCGUGGCCCAGCCCACCGACGUGGUGAAAGUCCGGUUCCAGGCACAAGCCCGAGUGGAGGGGGCCCGGCGGUACCAGGGGACCCUAGAUGCUUACAAGACUAUUGCAAGGGAAGAAGGGUUCAGAGGCCUCUGGAAAGGGACUGCCCCGAAUAUCACCCGGAACGCUCUUGUGAACUGCACUGAACUGGUGACCUAUGACUUGAUCAAGGACUUGCUUCUGAAAUACAACCUCAUGACAGAUAACCUCCCGUGCCACUUCACCUCUGCGUUCGGAGCUGGCUUCUGCACAACUGUUAUUGCCUCCCCUGUGGACGUAGUGAAGACCAGAUACAUGAACUCUGCCCCCGGCCAAUACGGAAGUGCCGUCAAGUGCGCCCUCGCCAUGCUCCGAAAAGAGGGGCCCCAGGCUUUUUACAAAGGCUUUACGCCCUCGUUUCUGCGGCUGGGAUCCUGGAACGUGGUGAUGUUUGUGACCUACGAGCAGCUGAAGCGUGCCAUGAUGGCAGCCCGAGGGUCUUGGGAGGCCCCCUUCUGAGCCUGCGGAUGGGUGCAGUUGACCGAUCUCGCUCAUGCACAAUCCCUCGAUUUGGAUUCUGCCUUCCCUCCUCCACCCCGCGUCUCCGAAUGACCUCCCCUCUGUUAUUUAAAACUACUUUUGUCUUAACAUUUGUGGCUUCUAGUGUGUGGUGAGCCAGGAGCCCCUGGCUACUAUUUCUUUUUCUUUUAGUGAUGUGUUUUUAAUGCGUUAUUGUCCAGCCUCUCUGCGUUUUCCCCUUUUAAGAGUUGCGGCUUUGAUAGAAGCGCUUUAUGAAGUUCUGGAGAAUUGUAGACCGCAGGGGCUCGAUGUGCAGAAGCUUCCAUGCAACCUCCCAUUCAGCUUUUAGGUAUACACACACACACACACACACAUUUUAAAAACACAGAUUUACUCUACUUAAGGUGCUGGGAUAAAGGCUAUAGAAGAGACAACAGUUGGCUAGUUUUCCAGAGCUGUUUUUUCCCCCCAUAAGGGAAAAAAAUGCUGAAAUCAUGCGUCACAAUAGUCUGGAUCGAAGUAGACAGGCCGAGAUGCAAUCUGGAUAAUGCAGCCUUUUCUAACCCAGCGCGCUCCAGGUGUGCUAGACUACAACUCCCAUUGUCCCCAGCCAGCGGUGUUGGCUGGGAAUGGUGGGAGUUGUAGUCCAGCACAUUUGGAAGGGGCUGGUUUGGGAAAGUCUGCCCUAUAAUGUGAUUGGGGAUGGGGAUUUAAAGCCCUUUCCCACUCAAAAGUAUUCCUUUUCUUCUUUUUUUUUUUUAAAAAGCACCUCUCCCCACCUUGGGAAACCCAGAGGCUUCUCCCACGCACCUUUUGCGUGGCUUCCUUGCUAGGCAAACUUGAGCUAUCACACCCCUAAAAAUUGCUUACGAUGAAACCAUCGAGUGGAAAAAGCUUUCUGUGUUUUGUCCUUUGACCCAGGCGUGUACCUGCGGAAGCAUCUACCUUUUGGAGGUGCAUGUACCUUUCUGGAGACCUUUUGGCUAUGUCAAAAGCGGUCCUUCGUGCAACACAGUCGUAGUAGAAGGUGCUUUUUUAAGGAACUGAGCUGGGUGGCCCUGAGGCUUGGAGCGAAAGGUUAGACCCUCACAGCUGGCAUCCCAAAGCGGGGUGGGGGCAAAUUUGAGAGCUGAGCUCUUGAGGAGCCCAGACCUGUGGAGGCGAUGAAGAGCGAGGAUGCACACGCAAUUGCCUGCAGAGAUACUGUGAUGGGUGUCUGUGACGCAGCUGACACGGAUAUGGGUGCACCUUUCGAGGCCCCCAAUAGGAAAACAAUUACUGUGGGGACCCUCUCACGUUGCUCAUUUGUAACUCCAAGCUUGCUGGCCAGCAGCGUAAGAAGGAGGGGGCUGUGAUCCGUUCUCCUGUUGUGUUCUCCCCCACAGAGAACACAACAGGGACCCCAAUCUAGCUUGGGCAGAAGGAAAUUCCACUUGCUACAGUGCAGCCUUCCACGGGCUGGCACCCUUCAACUGUCUUGGAUUACACUUUCCAUCAUCCCCAGCCAGUAUAGCCAUAGAAGGGUUUAGGUUGGAGAAGGCUGCUCAAGUGGCUGGACGGGGAGAGGUGAACCAUCCUUCUGGGCUUGAAAGUCUUACAGUGGCGGGAGGUUCCUCUGGCUGGCCACCCAGGCGGACCUUGUAAUAGGUGUGUGUGUGUCUCCGAUAUUCCAUAUUCCUGACCGUGUUUGGGUGUGUGUGUGUGACCAUCAGCAAUGUUCUGCAGAGCUUGAUGAAGUUCUGGACUGGUCAUGCCUGUAAUUUUUUUCAAAACUUUAAAUAGAGAAAAUGCACUCAAGAGGCUUUUUAUGUAUUACUUUUCUGCGAAGCGGUUUGUGACGGUGCG